AUGAGGCACUGUUGCUUGAAACUUCGUAUUUUGUUUCCAAAAAAGAUUUCAAAGCAACUUGAGAUUAAGAAUAGUUUUCUACUCUCAUUAGACUCAAAAUCGAUAAUAGAUAAAGGCAUUCGAAACUUCAUAAAAACGACUUCGCCUCCGCCGGCGCCUCUGACGUAUUCCCCCCCGCCGGCGUGUACCCCAAGCCGUGAUCCGACGGCCUCAGCUCCCGCGCUUCCGAUCCUAUGGGCGUCGAUAUCACCAUCAUCACCAUCACCAACACCAACAGUACUACCAUCUCUCUCUUCAUCUGUAGUACUCUUAGAGACGCGGACGGCGUCGUUUUAUAGGAGCAGUGGUGAUGAGCCAAGUGAAUACUGUGGGCUAGGCCUUGUGUUUUGUUGUCGGAGACCAAUUUCAAGUGAGCUGGAGAAGAAGAAGAAGGACGAUCGCCAUUUUGUGUUUUGUCGACUACUACUACUACUAGUAGAGGACUUCUAGUCUUCUACUUACACCAGCAACCAUUGAUGGUGAGCUC